AUGAGUACACCAGACAAGAAAUCAUCAACAAAGAGAAUAGAGGGUGACUAUCAAGAACCAGAAUACAUAAAUAUCAUUGUUAGUGAUCCUGUUAGAACAGAUGAUUACAUUUCAUACAAAAUAACAACUCAGACAACCUUCCCAGAAUAUAGUCAAAGAGACUUUACAGUUAGAAGAAGAUACAAGGAAUUUGUUAAUCUAAGAGAACACUUGAAGCAAAAACUAUCAGAGAAACCAAAGGCAAUCAAGUUUGGUGAAUUACAUCAAUUGCCAGGCAACAAUCUCUCUUCUCUAUUUGGACAAGGACGUUUUGAACCAGAAUUCAUCGAGGAACGUAGAAAGGGUCUAGAACAAUUCUUAAACUCUAUUGCCAAUCACAAUUUCUUCCGUUUCAUCCCCUUUUUGCAUAAAUUCUUACAAGAUGGUGAAGCUCUUUUCCUCUAA